CGCGGAGCUCAUUUAUCUUCCGUCUUUACUGUGUGCGGUGAAUGCAUCAAGAGAGGAAAGAGAAACACUCCUCCUGUCAGAAGCUGAACUUUAACUUGGCGUUAAAACAUCUGUGAACUGUGAAACAUGCAGCUGCGGUCAGACACCUGAAGCUUCCGGUCUUCGAAUAAACUCCAAUUCAUCUGCACUCAGGAGCAAAGAGGUGACGCCUGUCGUGGACCCUUGACUGAUCGCUCUGCUUCUCUAAACCUCUCUGAUAGUCAGCUGCUCCUGAUGGAAGCCACAGGAAAGUAUGACUUUACUGCAACAGAAGACGAUGAGCUCAGCUUCCAAAAGGGGGAUAUACUGAAGGUUUUAAGCCCACAGGGCGACUGGUGUAAGGCAGAAAUGAACGGAAAGGAGGGAUUCGUGCCGCUAAACUACAUCGAAAUGAAGACUCCAGAGUGGUUCCAGGCGGACGCCAGUCGCAACGCUGCAGAGGAGCUGCUGAAGUCCAAAACCAUAGGAGCCUUUGUGAUUCGAGGUUGCCAGACUUCCCCUGGAGAGUUUUCCAUUUCUGUCAAACAUGAGAAUGAUGUCCAGCACUUCAGAGUGAUGAGGGACAGCAAAGGCCAGUACUUCCUGUGGGCGGAGAGGUUCACCUCCCUGAACAAGAUGGUGGAAUUUUACAAAACGAAGUCCAUCUCUAAAUCCAGAAUGAUCUUCCUGGACGACGGCAGCAGGAGUCUGCCCUUGGGCUCACAGGAAAAGAGGCCAAGUUUGCCUGAACAGCGUACCACAUCAGCAACCUUUGUUCCACCUCGCAGAUUUUCAGACCAGCCUCAAACCCAGCUGACCAAGCAAGUCGGUCUGGGCGCGCGAUCUCGCACCUUCGGCCCCACAGGGAUAAGCAGCCCAUCCAUCUCUGCUUGUCCUCCCAGUACCGGUAGAUGUCAAACCAUGCCUCUGCCUCAGAGGACGAUGCAGGUGAGGGCGCUGUAUGACUUCAGAGCAGAGGAAGAUGACGAACUCGGUUUCUGCGCCGGCGACAUCAUCGACGUGUUUGACUCCUCUAAUGAGUCGUGGUGGAAAGGGAAGCUGCGAGGGAGGACUGGUUUGUUUCCUGCAAACUACACGGCAGCGGUGUGAGGAAACCCCUCAAUGACGCCUUUAAUGGGCCUGCACAAAAACUCAACCUGCACGUGCUUCGAUGUGAGUUUCCUCAACACUGAGCAGGCCUCUGAUCUCUGCACUGCAGGUUGACGACUGUUUCAGACGGUGUUCAGGUUUUAUUGAACAUUGUUUAGCUGCAGAGAACAGCUGCAGAAACCUCCUAUGUCUUCUACCAGCACUCAGUGCUGAUGAGGAAUGUUUUUGUUUUAUUUUUGGGGGGGGGGGGGUUUCACGACACGUCUGUCAGCAGGUAUUUAUUUGCUGAACGCUCGUUGGCCUUGCUGCUGAUGAAUCGACUCUUUCUGCUCCUGUGUCGAGUUUUUGUACCGCAAAAAGUUUUGUAUAGAUGUGCAUUUUCCUUGCAACUCACUGACUUGAAUAAAGUAUUUUUUCACUGGCAUCCUGUUUAAAUCUGAUGUGAAGUCGUGACGAUGAGGGAUUUCUGGGGAAAUUCACAGAAAGAUAAUCUACGGUUUUGGGUGGAAUAAACUUUCAAAAUACUUA